GGGGCAGCGGCUUUUCCAGACCUCCAUAGGAGGGAGUAGGGGAAAGGGGUCCCAGGUGCCGCAGUCUUCCUCCCUGUCCGUUCUUCGGCCUUCUCUGCACCUUCCCUCCCCCCGUCAUCUCCGCCUUUCGAAACCCUCUUCUGCCAGAAUUCAGACGCGCAGACCCUCGGAGCCGGGAGGGCCUUCAAAAAUCAUCUUGUGAAAGCCCAGCAUUUUACAAAAGCGGAAAUUGGGAUGGGACUUGCCCAAGGUCACUCAGCGAGUCAGUGACAGGGCUGCGACCCGACUUGAGGUCUGCAGCCCAGAAUGCCGCGCUGCCUCCCAGGAACUACCAGAGUUCACCUUUUGUUUGCUCUGCCUUGGCAGCAAAAGCUGUAGCUUCGCACCGGGGAAAGGGGUUUUCUUGCGGACCAAAGACGACCAGCCUGAGAGCGAGGUAUCCGAGCCCGAGAGGAGUCCGUUUGGGGAAAGCCUCCCUCUCUCCCUCCGGGGAGGAGUGUUUGACCUUGGGAGUAUUGGGGGCCGUGGAAAAUGAAGGCGAAGGUGCAGUUUCUUUGGACGGUUUUCCUGUCUCUGGUUUUGCAGACCGGUCUUGGCUACGCGAUUAAGUGGCUUGCCCUGUCCAAGACACCCUCAGUACUGGCCCUGAACCAGACUCAGCACUGCAAACAGCUGGAAGGACUGGUGUCUUCCCAGGUCCAGCUAUGCCGGAGCAAUUUGGAGCUGAUGCAAACCAUCGUGCAGGCUGCCAGAGAGGCUAUGAAGACCUGCCGGAAGGCCUUCUCUGACAUGCGGUGGAACUGCUCCUCCAUCGAGCGCGCCCCCAACUACCUGCUGGACUUGGAAAGAGGGACGAGGGAGUCUGCCUUCGUGUAUGCCCUCUCUGCCGCUGCCAUCAGCCAUACCAUCGCCAGGGCCUGCACCACUGGGGACCUUCCUGGCUGUUCCUGUGGCCCCGUCCCAGGUGAGACACCUGGGCCCGGGUACCGAUGGGGAGGAUGUGCUGACAACCUCAACUACGGUCUCCUCAUGGGGGCCAAAUUUUCAGACGCUCCCAUGAAGGUGAAAAAAACAGGAUCCCAGGCCAAUAAGCUGAUGCACCUUCACAACAGCGAAGUAGGGAGACAGGCCUUGAGAGCAUCCCUAGAGAUGAAGUGUAAAUGUCAUGGAGUCUCUGGCUCUUGCUCCAUCAAGACUUGCUGGAAGGGGCUGCAGGAGCUUCGAGAUGUGGCCCAGGACCUCAAGACCAAAUACCUGUCAGCCACCAAGGUGGUGCAUCGACCCAUGGGCAACCGGAAACACCUGGUGCCCAAGGACCUGGACAUUCGGCCCGUCCAGGACACAGAGCUGAUCUACCUGCAGAGCUCCCCCGACUUCUGCAUGAAGAACGAGAAGGUGGGCUCCCACGGGACACAGGACAGACAGUGUAACAAGACGUCCAACGGCAGUGACAGCUGCGACCUCAUGUGCUGCGGCCGAGGCUACAACCCGUACAUGGACAAGGUGGUGGAAAGAUGUCACUGUAAAUACCACUGGUGCUGCUACGUAACCUGUAAGAAGUGUGAGAGGAUCGUGGAGCGCUACGUCUGCAAAUGAAGCAUGGCGGCUGCCCGCCUGCCCGCCCAGGCCUUGGUCUUGGCCUUGGCGUUCUCAGGGCGGGAGAGGUCCCAAGGAGCCAAGCCCUGGCCUUCCCACGUUCCUUGCCCCCUCGCCCUUCAUCCAUCCUGCCAAGAUUCCAGACUUCCAAGGAAUAAAGCAAAGGAGGUGACAGGUGGGGUGAGGGAGGGAUAAUAGAUGAAGGAGGAAGACCAGGACCUCACGGGAAAGAAAGCCAAAACAGACCGUUUUUAAAAAUUGUCAUCAAUGGUGCCUUCCGUCUUUUAUUUUUCCUUUUGUGGCUUUUGGAAGACAUCUGUGACUGGAAGGGUGGAUUGGGCCGGGCAACACGUCCUCAGAGCCUUCUAAGUGGCAUUUACCUACGUGGUAGAAAGCAGGGGUGGGGAGAAAAUAGAGACUCAAUAACCCCAGGGUCGGGCGUCCACUCUGGCCGUCCAGUUGCCUCCUAGGGAUAAGGGGUUGGGUAGAAUGUCAAUGUCAUUGGCCUGGGAGGAGCAGAAGCAAAGAGUGCUAAGAGAGGCAGUGGGGGAGUGGAGGAAGAGGAGGGGAGACAGACCCUGGAAUUGGAGUGUCUUCUCUCUUGCCUCAUCCUUGCAAGGAGAGAGGAAGGGAGGGAGGCAAGGACAUUCAGGGCUGGCCAUGGACCAAACUAAGGACACGGCAACCUCGGGUCAUUCAGAGCUCCAGCAUCCCGGAGGGGAGCCCAUCCUUUUUCUCCUGGGUGUAUUGGCAGAAGAUGAAGCUGAAGUCAUCUGAACAUGAGCCCUCCUCCCUCUCCAUCGCUGGUGUGAAGAACAGGACGGAGCUGUGUGCAUGGCGGGGUGGGGGAGGGGGAGGGCGCUGCCUGAUUCCAGAGUCUCUUUCUUCUAAAGGAGACUCCGUCCAGAGCCAAGGAAACCGAUUUUGUCCAGGCCAUUGAGCAAACGGACCCACUCAUGGAGGAUACACAUUUCCCUCUCCUUCGGAAUGUGGACCAUACAGAAAUAUUUAUAAAAGUAUAGUUCGUGUCGUGGGUUGUUUUCCCUCUAUUCCUCUUUCCAUAUAAAUAUAUAAAUAUAUGAAUAUAUGAUCUAUAUAUUUUAAACAGCGGUAUGAAAUAAAUGCUGUGGUGGUAUUCUAAAGCCUUCCAGACCCCAUCAUGC